AUGGCCACGGUCGCCAACACCACCGCGGCUGUGCCGCCCCACAUGAUACCCCAGGCCGGGGCGCGAGCCGUCAACGCUUAUCCUGAUUCGUUUGGCAUGUGGGAAGCCACCAUCUUUCUCGGCAUCCUCAUCUUGAUCAAGCUCAUGGAGGCCAUCCUCCCCAAAAUCUGGCCCGAGUACAAAGUGCUCAGCAUCCGCCAUCGCCGCAAUGUCAUCACCUAUUGCGUUGAAAUGAUCGUGACCACCAUCAUGUUCAUCAUUCAAAUGGCAACUAUCCAAGUCGUCAUUGAUCCGGAUGCGCUUGCCUAUGAUGACCUGCGCCGCAAGUCCCACCUUCUCGAGGACGGCCUACUUGCGCCCUUGGUGGCAUUGUACAUCGUGGAGCUGGUAUAUCGCCCCCAGACUGGCUACGAGCUCUGGACGCAUCACGCCAUCACCAUCCUCCUGAGCAUGCUCGCCAUUUUUACCGUGCGCGACGAUCAGCAGCUGUAUCCGCUGCGGAUGGGCUGGGUCGUCGCUCUGACCGCCACGACCGAGCAGUUUGUCUUUUACGCCCUCGGCAUGCGUGUCGUUCGCAUGAGCUACGAAGAAGCCAUCCUCAAAGCCACAGCGCUCGAUGCCCUGGAUGGCCAAGAUGAAGCGGACACCGACCCAGGACAGCAGAUUGACGAGUAUCUUCAAGUCGGACACGCCGAGCAACCUUCCCUGCUGGCCUCCAGUCUGAUGACCACGCCCACGGACGAAGAGUCGUCUCAACCGCACACUGUGAUUGACGAAGCGGACAUUGACGCAGAGAGUGAAGCUCAAGCGUCUCCCAGCAAGAGUCCGCCCCAGCUGCGCCCUGCCAACUCUCGCUCACGCCUCACUCGCGCAGGUGAAGACGAGGAAGAAGGUCCUAAGCUUCUCCCCACCACCACCAACACCACCGAAGGAGUGCAACAUCCUAGCCGGCAAUUGCAGGCAGAAAUGCGUCGCUCAGACUUUAUCGUUCAACUCAACGCUGAUCAAGAGGAAAAUCGCCACUUGACACAACGGCAGGAGCAGAUUCAUGCCCAUCGAACCCGCCUGAUUGCUGUUUUGCGCCGCGAAGCCACCACCUUCAAAGUAGCAUCUGUGGCGACCCUUCUUUGCAAAAGUACAUCUGGCAUUGGUGCCUUUGUGCUCCUAGCGCAGAUUGAUCCUUGGAAUAUUCCCGGCAACUGGUCCGAGUUCUGGACCAUCUUCUUUUGUCUAGCCAACAUUUGCCUUCUUGGCGUCCAGUUCUAUGCGGCGCGGAUUGUGUGGCUUUUGGGCAACCGGUCAGACAAACUGCGCUACCGCUACGAGGUUAGCCACUACUACACCCCUGGCCCUUCCCGUGAGGGUGGAGAGGCCGUUGUCGUUGAGCAAAGCUAG